GAUUUCAACCAGUGGAAAACUUCAUCCCAAGCAGUAAGGACCUGUCGCGUUCGGUCUCUCCAAUCCGGUUAGUCACGGUUAGCGCGGACGAAUCUAUCAGGUUGUUUAUGAAGUCAGUCAGUUAGCCGAUCGGUUAUUUCGUUAUCGCGAUAGUCGCAUCCGAAUUGCUGUCGUUCCGCCAGGAAGAACCGACGACCCACGCGAGCUUAGAGUUCAAGCGAAUCCUGUGACUAGUGUGGAAAUAUCCGGUAUGAAAUGAGGCGAAAAUAUUCGUUUUCCCACGCUCGAAUGCAGAGCAAAGCAAACGAUUGAAUCUUGCCUCCAUUUGGGGGGGAGUCAUGUGCGGUGUCGGUGUAGGACGAGAGCAGUGUUGAUCCACCCGCCGUCGAUUUAUCGCAUCCACCCCGGAGGGAUGCACGAAGGCCAGAUUUUUCCCGCGCGAAGAAUGCACAGCUGAUGCCGCAAAAGAGUGAAGGAAAAAAUGCAAUCCAAUAAGAGUGGUUUAAUUUUUCAUUACUGACAGUGAUUGGAAGACGAGCACUAAAUUUUCGUGGUGAAAUUUGAUUAAAAAAGCACGUGCCCAAUUAGCAUAUUUUUCCGUGCCUGUACGUGAUGGGGUUCGACACCCGUUCGUUGUGGCACAGGUCUAAUGGAAGCGAUUAUUUAGUGCCAAAACAGAGCGUUGAGGAUCGAUGUCCUGUUGUGGAACCUGUUGAAGCGAAACGGAAACUGCACGUAGAAAAGGGUUUUGCUUUCGCCGGUGCUGUGCUGGAGGCAUUCGACGGAACUGUAGAAAAAAUACGGACACAAAUGUAGCGAAUUUGUUGUUUUUAAUCGAUUCUCGCGCUCCGCUAGCCAGGCUCGAGGCUGAAUCAUGAAGAACAGUCAGUGCAGUGUGCGGUACGCGAGGUAGUGCAAAUAGUGAAUGCAAGUGUGUUAAAAAGCGGUGACACUAGCAGGACGGAGGUGAGGGAAAAAAGUGAGUGAGAGCAGAAAAAAUUAAUUAAAAAGUCACCUCCCUGUGACCGACCCAGACGCAUAAAAGCCAACCUAACCCGUUCCGCGGAAAGUUCAACGUCGAAACCGAGUCCGUUUCGUCACCGGGACCGGCUGCCUUUGCGCGUCUCACAUUUGAACACGGAUCUUUCCGGAGCGUGCCGCCAUCACACACCUGUUUCGCAUCGUUAGUUAAGUGCCGGUGUUGGUGGUGAGGGAGAGGUGGUAGAAUCACGUCAGCAGCGUGUAAUCUCGGCAGAACCAUAAUGUAUCCCUACUACGAAACGGAAUGGAGCAUCCUGCCCCCGGAGCACAAUCGAAGAUACAGUCCGGGCCUGACAAUCAACAACAUCAAACAAGUUAUCAAUGAGACAAUAGAAACUAAUAUUCUAAGGAAGCCUUCACCAACGCGCCUCCGUGAGCUGAUUCGUCAGAUCCGAGCCUCCCGCACGGCUGCCGAGGAACGCAGUGUGGUCAACACAGAAUGUGCCUAUAUCCGCAGUACCUUCCGGGAGACGGACUGCAUUUGGAAAUGUCGCAACAUGGCCAAAUUACUUUACAUUCAUAUGCUCGGCUACCCGGCUCACUUCGGACAAAUGGAAGCUCUGAAGUUGGCAGCCAGUGCAAAGUAUUCCGACAAACGGAUAGGAUAUUUGGCGGCCAUGUUGCUGCUAGACGAACGACAGGAUGUGCAUGUUCUGAUGACAAACUGUUUGAAGAAUGACCUAAACAGUUCGACGCAGUUCAUCGUGGGUACUGCACUUUGCACUUUAGCGGCCAUAGCCUCUCCGGAAAUGGCUCGUGAUUUGUCACACGAAAUCGAGCGCCUAAUUGCAUCUUCAAACACCUUUCUUCGCAAAAAAGCUAUCCUCUGUGCCUUUCGAAUGAUUCGUCGAGUGCCUGAACUGAUGGAUGAGUAUCUGCCGCGGUGUGCGCAGUUUCUACACGAUAAAAAUCACGGGAUCCUCGUAUCGACGGUCACCCUGAUAACGGAAAUGUGCGAACAAAGUCCUUUUGCCACCAGCUUCUUCAAGUCCUCUAUACCGACCUUGGUGCGAAUGUUGAAAACACUGACCGUUAGUGGGUACUCACCGGAGCACGUAGUUAACGGUGUCAGUGAUCCUUUUCUACAGGUCAAAUUGUUGCGUCUGCUAAGGACCUUAGGUCAUGGCGACUCGGAUCAGACGGAAACGAUGAACGAUGUGCUGGCGCAGGUGGCGACCAAUACCGAGACAAACAAAAACGCCGGCAAUGCGAUUCUGUACGAGACGGUGCUAACAAUCAUGAAUGUCGAAUCGGAAAACAGCCUUCGGGUACUGGCGGUCAACAUUCUCGGUCGGUUCCUGCUCAACAGCGACAAAAACAUCCGCUACGUAGGACUCCUAACGCUGGUGAAAACGGUCCAGCGGGACAUGACCGCCGUCCAGCGGCAUCGCAUUACCAUUCUCGAGUGCCUUACCGAUUCGGACAGUUCGAUCCAGAAAUGCGCCAUGGGACUAUCUUUCAUACUGAUCAACUCGCAAAAUAUCGAAACGAUUGUGCGGGAACUGCUGAAGUACCUCGAAACGGCCGAACCGGAAAUGAAAAGCGUCUGCAGCAGCAAGAUUGUGACCGCGGCCGAGCAGUAUUCGCCGUCAAUCCACUGGCAUCUGGAUGUGCUGCUGAAAAUACUGACGAUCGCGGGAAAUAACAUCCGGGACGACGUAAUUGCCUCCACGAUUCAGCUCAUAUCGAACAGCCCCAAGGAAGAGCAGAGUUUUAUCAGUGCCAAAAUGUUGGAAUCAAUUAGCAACAUGAAUCAGCUGGAGAACCGACAACCGUUGGUGCAGGUAGCAGUUUGGACACUGGGCGAAUACGGGGAAGCUGGCAAUUUCAAUGAAAAUGAACUGAUUGACCACUACCGGCAGCUCCUGUGGGCACCUCAUCUAUCAAUCACCACCAAGCAGUACAUUCUGGUAUCGUUGGCCAAACUCAGCGUUCGAAUGGAACACUGUACGGCUAAUGUCCAAAACAUCAUCAACACAUUCCAAACACAUUUGAACACCGACCUGCAGCAACGGGCCGUCGAGUUUCAUCAGCUGUUUACCGGCUUCAGUCACCUGAAAGCUUCCUUACUGGAAAAAAUGCCAAUAAUGAGAAUAUCUGACAUGGCCACAUCGGAAUACAACGCGGACUUUGCCGAACAAAAGCAAACAACGCCGAGUGAAGAAACCGCACCAAUGCAAGAACUCUCGAAUCAGGAUAUUCUAAUGGAUUUACUGGGCGAUUCUUUCGGAAGCGGUUCCUCGACAACGAACACAACUACUCCGAGUCCACUGCAGUUAUCAACUCCAACCGAUGCUCCACAAGCACCAAAUGCCGACAUUUUAGAUCUUUUGGGACUGGGAGUGACCGAGUAUGAGACAACAACGAGUCCAGCGAUGGUUAGCAGUCCGAUGGAAUACUCGACAAUCACAAUGCCCGUGUAUAGUAAAGACAACAUCGACAUCAAGUUUAUCGUUCGCAAGGAGUUCGAUCAAGUGGUGGUGACGGUCAAGACAACCAACAAUUCACUGAACAUGUUGGAGAAGUACAUGUUCCAGGUGGCCGUACCGAAGGCAUUCGCCAUACAAAUGCUGGAACCAUCUAGCACGGUGAUGCUUCCGGGGGAAUCAAUUGUACAGGACAUAGUUGUUGUACGUACUGCAACCACGGCAACGAAUCCUCUCCGGAUGAAGGUUCGCUUCUCGUACGAAAUCGGCAACUACUCCGUGAUGGAGCAAACGGAUGUGAACGACUUCUCACCGGAUCUGUUUGCUUGAUGUUUCACUUAAUGAUGUCUACAUCGACCCAAAUUCAUUGCUCAUCAACUUAACAAUUUCAAACCAAACCAAACAGGGCACAAAGUUAGAAAAUUUGUUCAAAGGUAAUCCAAAUUGAAAAGCUGUGAUUACGGAUACUUUUAGUGUCAAUCAACGGGUUUUAGCUCAACCAAUUUUCACAUAUCUUAAUCUUCUUAUUUUCAUGUAUUGUACGAUAAAAUAGCGGAAUAAAAGAUACUUCUAUAAUAAAUUUUAAACUUGUUACGCAUACAAUGAAGAAUAAUAAAUAUCGACUUUAGCAAUU